GCUGCAGCAUUGAAAUCUCACCACCACCUCCGCUGCUGCCUCCAUGCCGCCUCCUCAAAUCGUGUCCGCUUCGAAUGCGUCGGUAUAUACUCUCGACACCGUCCAUCAGAGUGACUAUGAGGACGACGACCUCACGCCUUUGCGUAGUGCCGGAGCACCAUCUUACGGCGCUUUGCCCCAUUCCCCGUCCCGACCAUCGUCACGUAGAGUGAUCUUCAAUGCGACACUGAAGAUGGCCGCCAUAUUUGUUGUCAGCACAAUAUUUCUGGGCGGUACCCUGUGGCUUGCACUACCUACUGUUGAAGAUGCGGAUCGAGAAUCUCUUCGAAUUCCAAAAUCUUUCGCUCAACUGCAAGCACUCAACACUCUCCUUAAGAAAUACCGCGACAUAUAUCCGUAUCGCAUCUUCGUUUGUUAUGUGACAACAUACCUCUUUUUGCAGGCAUUUUCAUUGCCAGGUUCCAUGUACCUUUCCAUCCUCGGCGGUGCUGUUUGGGGAGUUCCCUUUGCACUACCUCUUGCCUGUGUCUGCGUUGCAUCAGGCGCUACCCUAUGCUACCUCAUCUCAGCAGCGCUUGGUCCAGCCCUCCUCACCAUCCCAAAGUUUCAUGCCCUUUUGACAAAAUGGUCCGUUACAAUAGCCGCGAACAAGGCUAACAUCAUUUCCUAUCUGAUCGUUCUUCGCAUCGCCCCCCUGCCGCCCCAUUGGGUUGUUAACGUUGUGUGUCCGCAUGUAGGCAUCGGCCUCGUUCCCUUUUGGAUCAGCACCGCUCUCGGUAUCUUAGGCGUCACCGUCAUACACACAACUAUUGGCGGUGGUUUAGAUGAAAUGACCAGUGCCGAUGACUUCCAUCUAAUCAGCUGGAAGAACUUUUUUGGUCUUUCCGCAGUGGUUGUCGGGGUGAUGAUCCCUGUGGGUCUUCGCUACUGGUUCAGACAGGAAGCAGAUGCCGUUGCUGAGGAAACGCAGUCACAAGCUACAGAGGAUGAGGAUGAGGAUAGAAUCCUGGCAGUCGGUCCAAACGCUCCAAGUAAAGCCAAGGAUGUAUCUGCCCGCUUGCUGGUACACGAUGACGAGUACGAUGAGUUUGACGAUGACGACGACGACAUUAUCCUAGAAGCUGGUCCAGCAAUCUCUACACCAAAGGAAGACAAGGAUGGCGCUGGGCCCAGUCUAUAGUCGGCGCUACGUGUCCCUUUCUCUGUACUAUUCUAUCUCUCACCAUGUAGCACACACUGCAUUAUUCAUUCUUGCGCCGUAAAGGGCUUCACCUUUGAGUAUUAAAGGCCACAUUCUAGACAUGCAUAGUUUAACGACGUUGGAUCUUUCGCUGUACAUCAUGACGACUACAUAGUAAUAAUAUACAUUGCUGGACUAGAAAAUGCAAGUUGUACGCCACACUUGCAAGGCACCGAGGAAGGAACAAUUGGUUAUAGAUAUGAUCUUCCU